AUGGAUUAUAUCAAAAGCUGGUUCGGAGGAGGUGAUAAAGAUGCUAUACAACCACCAGCUUACGAUCCUAGCAAAGAUAAACCAAAAGAUUUGCCGAAAUUUGACGAUAAUGUUAGCCAAACUGAGAAGGAAGAAGUUGGUCAACAGCAAGCAACAUAUUCGCCUUACUCCUUACCUCCAGAUUCAGGUUUAGAUAGUGCUCAACACGUUGAAAUGCGUAGACGAAUCGGUCAGGCCAGUCUGGAGAACUGUUCAGUGAUAGAAUCGAUGCUCUCAGAAUGUAUAAGGAAUGGAUCGUUUACAGAGAAGAGAGUGAGGGGAUGCGAUUGGUUGAGGGAGCAAUUCUACAGUUGUUUGACUGAACAGCGGAAUGCCUUAACGGAGCUUGGAUAUGCUAUCCCGGGUAAUACACCAGAGAGAGAUUUCAAGAUACAGAGUUUGGCAGAUAGACUAUCCCAGGAGAAGGAGAAGGAAGCCAAAGAAGGCAAAGGACCAUUCGACAGUCAGAAGAAGUCUAGUAGUUGA